AUGAACGAGGAGGGCUCGCUCAUGGCCGUCAUCGGCGACGAGGACACCGUCACCGGCUUUCUGCUCGCGGGCGUGGGACACAUCGACGAGAGACAGCGCGCGAAUUACCUCAUCGUCGGCGAGCGCACGACGGAGAGCGAGAUCGCGGACGCGUUCAAGGCGUUCACGACGCAGAGGGACGACAUCGCGGUGGUGCUCAUCACGCAGGUCGUGGCGGAUAGGAUACGGUUUCUCGUCGAGGCGCACGCGAGGGCGAUCCCGAGCGUGUUGGAGAUUCCAGACAAGGAGAACCCGUACAGGCCCGAGGCGGAUUCCGUUCUGGCGCGCGUGUCGCAUCUUUUAGGAGGCGAGGGCGGGGCGUGA